CUGCUCGCGGCCGCCACCGCCGGGCGCCGGCAGUCCCUGGCUCCCCUCCUGUCUCGAGAAGGGCAGGGCUUCUCAGAGGCUUGGCGGGAAAAAGAACGGAGGGAGGGAUCACGCUGAAUAUAAAAGCCGGUUUUCGGGGCUUUAUCUAACUCGCUGUAGUAAUUCCAGCGAGAGGCAGAGGGAGCGAGCGGGCGGGCCGGCGAGGGUGGAAGAUCCGGGCGAGCAGAGCUGCGCUCCGGGCGUCCUGGGAAGGGAGAUCCGGAGCGAAAAGGGGGCUUCGCCUCCGGCCCAGCCCUCCCGCUGACCCCCCAGACAGCGGUCCGCAACCCUUGCCGCAUCCACGAAACUUUGCCCAUAGCAGGGGGCGGGCACUUUGCACUGGAACUUACAACACCCUAGCAAGGACGCUACUCUCCCGACGCGGGGAGGCUGUUCUGCCCAUUUGGGGACACUUCCCCGCCGCUGCCAGGACCCGCUCCUCUGAAAGGCUCUCCUAGCCUCUGUUUGGACGCUGGAUUUUUUUCCGGUAGUGGAAAACCAGCAGCCUCCCGCGACGAUGCCCCUCAACGUUAGCUUCACCAACAGGAACUAUGACCUCGACUACGACUCGGUGCAGCCGUAUUUCUACUGCGACGAGGAGGAGAACUUCUACCAGCAGCAACAGCAGAGCGAGCUGCAGCCGCCGGCGCCCAGCGAGGAUAUCUGGAAGAAAUUCGAGCUGCUGCCCACCCCGCCCCUGUCCCCUAGCCGCCGCUCCGGGCUCUGCUCGCCCUCCUACGUUGCGGUCACGCCCUUCUCCCCUCGGGGAGACAACGACGGCGGUGGCGGGAGCUUCUCCACGGCCGACCAGCUGGAGAUGGUGACCGAGCUGCUGGGAGGAGACAUGGUGAACCAGAGCUUCAUCUGCGACCCGGACGACGAGACCUUCAUCAAAAAUAUCAUCAUCCAGGACUGUAUGUGGAGCGGCUUCUCGGCCGCCGCCAAGCUCGUCUCAGAGAAGCUAGCCUCCUACCAGGCUGCGCGCAAAGACAGCGGCAGCCCGAACCCUGCCCGCGGCCACAGCGUCUGCUCCACCUCCAGCUUGUAUCUGCAGGAUCUGAGCGCCGCCGCCUCGGAGUGCAUCGACCCCUCAGUGGUCUUUCCCUACCCUCUCAACGACAGCAGCUCGCCCAAGUCCUGCGCCUCACCGGACUCCAGCGCCUUCUCACCGUCCUCGGAUUCUCUGCUCUCCUCGACGGAGUCCUCCCCGCAGGCCAGCCCAGAGCCCCUGGUGCUCCAUGAGGAGACACCGCCCACCACCAGCAGCGACUCUGAGGAGGAACAAGAAGAUGAGGAAGAAAUCGAUGUUGUUUCUGUGGAAAAGAGGCAGGCCCCUGGCAAAAGGUCAGAGUCAGGAUCACCUUCUGCUGGAGGCCACAGCAAACCUCCUCACAGCCCACUGGUCCUCAAGAGGUGCCACGUCUCCACACAUCAGCACAAUUAUGCAGCGCCUCCCUCCACUCGGAAGGACUAUCCUGCUGCCAAGAGGGUCAAGUUGGACAGUGUCAGAGUCCUGAGACAGAUCAGCAACAACCGAAAAUGCACCAGCCCCAGGUCCUCGGACACCGAGGAGAAUGACAAGAGGCGAACACACAACGUCUUGGAGCGCCAGAGGAGGAACGAGCUAAAACGGAGCUUUUUUGCCCUGCGUGACCAGAUCCCGGAGUUGGAAAACAAUGAAAAGGCCCCCAAGGUAGUUAUCCUUAAAAAAGCCACAGCAUACAUCCUGUCCGUCCACGCAGAGGAGCAAAAGCUCAUUUCUGAAAAGGAUUUGUUGCGGAAACGACGAGAACAGUUGAAACACAAACUUGAACAGCUACGGAACUCUUGUGCAUAAGGAAAAGUAAGGAAAAAGAUUCCUUCUAACAGAGCUGUCCCAGUCACCUAUGAACUUGUUUCAAAUGCAUGAUCAAAUGCAACCUCACAACCUUGGCUGAGUCUUGAGACUGAAAGAUUUAGCCAUAAUGUAAACUGCCUCAAAUUGGACUUUGGGCAUAAAAGAACUGUUUUAUGCUUACCAUCAUUUUUUUUUUUUUUUCUUUAACAGAUUUGUAUUUAAGAAUUGUUUUUAAAAAAUUUUAAGAUUUACACAAUUUUUCUCUGUAAAUAUUGCCAUUAAAUGUAAAUAACUUUAAUAAAACGUUUAUAGCAGCCACACGGAAUUUCAAUCCUAGUAUAUAGUACCUCGUAUUACAGGUACUAUAAACUCUUAAUUUUUUUUUAUUUAAGUACAUUUUGCUUUUUAAAGUUGAUUUUUUUUCUAUUGUUUUUAGAAAAAAUAAAAUAACUGGCAAAUAUAUCAUUGAGCCAAA